AUGACUUCUCCUCCUGAAUCCUUGCCUCCUCCAGGCUCCCCGAAAACCCCCCAUCCCAUCAUCUGUAACGCUAUGCGCAUAUCGCUCUCCGCAUCAGAGUACAAAUCACUACACGAGAAGCUCAUCAAGUGGCUACCUCCUGGCAUUCAGGAUCGAGUCUUGGAGCCAGCCGCGUUUAGAGAAGUUGUCAAAUCUCAGAACAAAUACAAUGAGGCUGCUCUCCGCGCUUCGCUCCGUGUCCUCCUGGCCACCGGAGCUGGCAUGAAACUCUUCGUUUUUAUAUCACAAAAGCUGGCAUCGAGGAAGACGCAAAACGACGUUAAACCUGCAAAAGGCACCCUCCGCCAUUCUCCAGCACUUCGACUAUCGGCGGCCCUAUCUCUGACUCUCCUCUUGCACCGCCUCUUGCGCCGUUUUUUUUCCCGAUUGCGCGCAAACCUACGAAUGGAUGAUGCUCGCCCAUUCCGUGAGCGUAAUCCUCGAAUCUCUCGAGCCUUGACAUCUAAAUAUGCGCCUGCGAUUGGUUCAAGCCUGGCAGGCUUUGCCCUGGGUGCUUACCCACAAAGCCAACUUCGCCUCACGCUAGCUAUUUACAUGUCAACCCGAAGCUUGGAAUUUUUGUUUAAUGAAUUGGACGCCAAUGGAUGGUUCAAGAACCGGCCGUGGUGGUUUGGAAGUUGGUUGUUGAUGCCGGUCUCCUUGGCCCAACUGUUCCACGCGUUUGUUUUUGAUCGCGAGGCCGAGCCGAAGUGGUUCGGUGACUUUAUUCUCAAUUUUACUCCAGGCCACAUUCCCCCUCGACCAGGGAGCUACCCUUCGGACCGCCACUGGAUAGAUCAAUAUGAAACUGUGGAUGCUCUAGCUAAAAUUUCCGAAUUGAAAUGGCCCGCCUUCAUCUCCCCAAUCCUCCACCCAUCAAAUCCAAAAACCCUUCCGGAUUCCCUGCAAUCCAUAUCCGCCGUAACAUCCUCCGCCCACCCCUCAAUCUCUUCCUUAUCCUGUGCACUCCUCCACUCUAAAUCCCCCUCGUGCCUAACCGCCUCCCUCCACCAAUACCUCCUCUCAAUCCCCCUCCUCGCGCGCUUCCUCACAAAGGUAUACUUAAUCCUCUCCCUCUUGAAAUUCAAAACUUUCAUCCACCAACCAAUUCUUGCCAUCAACGGUGUCUGCAUGAAAAUCCUCUCCAGAACGGCCAUCCUUUCCACAGCCUUAGGGACAGCGUGGGGCAGUGUGUGCCUGUUCAACUCCUUCCUACCUCGUUCGUUGUUACCCACACAGCGCUUUUACCUCAGUGGAGCACUGGCUGGGUUACCAUUUGCCUUCGCUGGCAAUGGUAAUCGGUCCAUGUUCCUCUAUUUCUUCCGUAUUGCGGUUGACUCUGCUUGGAAAGUUGGGACGAAGCGCGGAGUAUGGCGCGGUGGGAAGGGAGGUGAUCUAUUUGUCUUUGUUGCAUCGUGGGCGCUUAUUGGGGUGCUGUUGGAGAAGAAUCCCGGUGCGGUUGAUGGAGCGGGUUUGAGGAAGAUUUUUGCGUGGUUACGGGGUGAUGGGUUUGUGGACCUGGUCGAGACGGCUGGUGUGAAGAAGAAGGGGAAGAAGGCCGCUGCUGCUGCUGCGGAUUAA